AGAUGUCGGGCGGCGAGGUCGGGGCAACCAGUCUGUAGCUCGAUGUCCAAGAAGGGGUGAACAGAAGCCGAGCACGAUGACGACCAAGGUGCAGAAAGUCGGGCAUUGGUGUUCUCAGAACAAAGCUUACUGGAAAUUUGCGCUACUUCUCGUUUUGAUCAGUGCUCUGAUUGCCAUUAUUACAUUCUGCGUGAACGAACUCUCUCUACUGCUCAUCAGCCACCCUCGUCACGCCGCUCUCGGCUCGUCCCGGUCGUGGAACAUCACCUCUCAUCACACUCCCUGAUCUGCGCAUUCCUUUCCUUCGACGGAGUGCCCGGUUCCCUGAUUAACUGUCGGGUGCACAUCUGGGUAUCAUUGCACACGAGGGCAACGAGGCUGACAAGCGACUCUUGUCCAUUCAUCCAACCAAACGCGGGAGCGAGGGAGGUGGGCAGGGACGGAAUGCCUGCCUACCUGCCUGCUGCUCUCGGAUGCCAUUUGCGGAAGCUAGAGACCAUCGAGAUUUGACACUGGACUCAAACCUCAAGUUCCAUGAUCCCACCGAAGAGAAACAAUCGCGAGGGGAGAUCUAUACUCAACUUGUUCGAUAUCAGAACGACUCAUCAGAAUCUGAUAAGAGACGUGCAAGUUUGAACACCCGAUCGACCGGAUGGUUCUUCGACUGAAAGACUGAUAGAUGAACUUGCCACGGAGAUAGGAUCGAAACUCGUGACUCAGAAUCAAAGUCCACCAAUGAGAGGUUUUGUUCAAGGGCCUUCGUCGGUUUGCAGCCAUGCUGUGUGACGAUGUCCGGUUAGAUUUCCGUGAGUGAGUGAGUGGGUGGGUGAUUUGAUCAAUUCGACUGUAAAGUCGUGAUGUAUGACAUUAAGUCAAGAGUGAACGAAGUGACUAGAACUCUCUUCAAAACGAGGACCUCUUUGUGUGUCCUGACGAUGAGGACGGUCCCAAAAGGAUUUGUGCUCUUCUACCGCCUGCGCGAGAAUUCGAAGGUGGCUGCGUCAUGAAGUCGAGCAAUAUACCGUGUGAAAGCUGCGGCCUGAUUUCGCCUUCGAUAUCAUAGUCAUAGACAUCAGACUCAGUUUUUUGCACGGUCAGCUCGGAAAUCAAAGCAGCUGCAUCUUCAGCAUUCCUGUCACGAUAAGUUGCGGCGGCCGAGCUCGAUGGACCUCGACUAAACUGCUGCAGGCUGGGAUCCAGAAAACUCCGAGGCUUUGUCCGGUGAGAGUGCAUUCCACUUCUGACAGCGGUCGGGCUCGGAGGUUUGAUUACGAGGUUUCGCUGCUGCUCGAUGGAGAGGUGAUUCUCACCUAUUGAUGGCGCUUGCAGGGGAAGAAUGCGAGGCAGUUGCUCUUCAACAUCCUCGUCUUCUCCUCGUCGUCCUCCUUCGGCGUAGAAAUUAUUGAGCCUAGCAUCAGGACCUGGUACCUGGGAAGAUUUCCAGCGCAGGCGGCGCUGCUGCUGAGAAGGAAGCUGUCCGGCAACGGUUCUCGAGCUGGACAACGGCGGUCUACGACUCUCCUCCUGUUCCACCUCCAGCUCAUGGGCUCGGGGUCGUUCUCCCACUGUAUAAGUCGAGCUUCGCGGUCUCGAACAUUCUUGCUGCAGCUGCUGGAGGACAUAAGGACUUGGAGCUCCGGCAUACGUCCGACUGCGUUCCCUCGCUUGCAAUUGCAUCGUCUGCUGCUGCUGCUGCUGCGAGUGAGAAGCGCCUGAGGAGGUCGAGCUUCCCAUUCUGCAGCCUUGAUGUCGCUGCUGCUGCUGCUCCUGCCCUUGCUCCUGAAUACUACGAAUCUCCGUCUCCCUCACGCUCUGAAGACCGUGGCGACGAUUCUCGUUUCCCUCGUCGUCCUGGCCUGGCCAUGGACAGGACUGGUGCGUGGCACCUGCAUACGUCGAGCUCCGCAGUCUUCCUCCUCCUGCUCCUGCUCUCGCCUGUUCUGACUGCGAACUGGUCCCUGCAUAUGUCGAGCUUCGGGCUCUCGGGGCCUUCGGAACGAAGCUCGCAGGGAUCCGAGGACUGACCUCUUGCUGCUCGAUCGUCGGCUGCUCAGCUGUGGACUGGACUUGGCAGCUCAUCUCUCCUUCUCCUCCUCCUCCUCCUCCUCCGAUUUGAGCUGCUUGGUGAGCCAUUUUCACCUGUGCCUGCGAGUCCCAGGUACAGCAAGGAGUUCAGACUUUUUCCAGUAUCAUUGUCAAUGCAGCAGCCGGCCUGCUAGCAUCUGAUUCGGACCGACGGUUGAAUCCUUGUGCUGCAAUGCGCCAUAUGUUCGUCAGCGAGACGUUUCAGUAUAAAUCAACAGGAAGGACAACACCACCACCACACUGGCACCACACUAGCGGCUGGAAAAUGCGUUGUCGGAUGGAAAAUCCACAUUUGGAAGAUAUGUUCAGCGCACAAGCAUCGAACAGCUAUCUGCAUGUUCAACGUAGGAACUAAUGCUUCUAGCCAGCCAUGAAUUCUCGAUCGAGUAUGUGGAUUUGAGACCGGCCGAGGAUCGGAAUUUGAAGCAUUCUACUAGUCUGAGACCCUCAAGACAGAAAUGCCAAUUUAGUAGGAACCCAGUUUCAGACUCGUGAUCUUCAGCCACUGCUCCACCUGCGUCCUGCUGAUGCUGCUACUGAUCGAGAUUUCUUUCAGAGAUCCUUUGACAGCGAAGAUACCGAGAAGCUCGGCCCUUGAGGCAUUCCUCGAAGCAGAGUGGGAAAAUACUCAUACAGACACCUUCACGGACGAGGGAACGCUUGCUGGAUCUGCUCGCGGAACAUAAACACGUCCUCCAGCUCCAGAGAGCGAAUGCCGCGAGGAAGUAGAUCUCUAGGAUUAUGAAAGGUAGUGCAUCCUAGCUCAUAAGAAAUACACACUCAUAUGGCUGUGGCCCCGAGGGUUCGUCAGGUUGCCAUGCAAGCUACCUCUCUCCAUCAGGAAUGAACUUGAACUCGCUGAUCCAUAUGACUGUGACUGAUGAACGGGAUUCAGCAACUGUCUCCUCUGUCCUCGGAUUAUCAGUUUUUCCUGGGAGGCACGAAGUAAGACUAGAUCUGUUCGUGCUGAGAAUUCAAGCGUGAUCGAUUAGACUAAAUGAACGCGAUCAUAUCUAGAAUCCGAAGCAUUUAUUCGU